UUGAAAAUUCUGAGGAUUUACUUUUGUCUACGGAUAUUGAAGAUUCUGAGGAUUUACCUCUGACUUGUUUAUUUUCUACACUUGUUCAAGCUUAUAAAGAUACUAAACAAUUAAUUGAAUGUGAAACUAAAGAACGUCAAAAAAUUCGAAAUGCAAAUACAAAUACUAUUAGGGCCCGAAUUAAAUUAUUUGAACCAUAUUUUCCUGAAUUAAAUACUUUUCAAAAUAAGUUAGAGAAACAUAUAAUUUGUGAAAAGCACUAUAAUCAAAUUUUUGUGAAAGAUACUUAUUUAAACCAUUUAAAAAAUGGAUUGUCAUCUUAUCCAAGAAAGCGAAGUCACAAUUUUAAUACCUUAAAUUUGAAUGAUAUACAAAUAGAACCUUCAACAACUAUCGAUAUUGGAAUUCAGGUAGAAGUAGAUAAUACGAAUAGUGAUCUUUUAAUGCAAAUCGGAAUUUUAAAAAAUUCUCUUAAUGUUCUUGCAAGCGAAAAUUCUAAACAAUUACAAAUUAUUGAAAUUAAAAAUAAUAAAAUUUAUGAAUUAGAAUAUGAAUGCGAAUAUCUUAAAAAACAAAUUGCCGAUUUUAAUCUUAGAUUAGAAAGUUUAAAUUUAUAUAAAAAUAAUGUAGAAAUAUUAACAAAUGAAAAAAAUAAAUUAGAAAAUGAAAAUACAUAUUUAAAAGAACAAUGGAAUGAACGGUAUAGUACUCAACAAAAGCAAAUAACAGAAGUUGCUACAAUAGCUUUAUUAGAACGAAGGCUUCUAUAUGAUGAUAUUAUUUAUUUAAUUAAUAAUUGUGAUCGGUUUUCUUUAGAAAAUUUAUUAGUAUAUAAUCCUUUAAAUUGGCUUAAGUAUCGUAAUCCUGUAAUAGUAAAAUUUAUCGAAGUACUUACUGAUAAUAAUGAUGAGCAAUUAUAUCAAAAGAAAAUUUUUAAACGUAUAGUAGCUGUAGAUGCUAUUUAUAAAUUACGACAUAGCAAAUAUGUCUCUGAAAUAAAUCUUGCUGCAUCAGCGAUUAAAUAUACUAUUGCUCGAUCAAAAACUAUAAUAGAUAUUGAUAACCAUAUUACUAUUGAAAAACAAAACAGCUUAUCUAAUAAAAAUAAACAAUGUUUAAAUUGUUUCGAAUCAGAAAUUGAUAAUAAAAAGCGAAAUUGUCCUAAAUGUAAUACUAAGUUACCAACGCUUGCUUCAAUAAGUCAAGCUUCGUCUUUUCAACAAACCACAUUAUCUGAAAAUAUAGAUAAAACAGUAGUGUUUAAACUAUAUGAACCUAAACAAUCUAGUAUUAAAGUGCAAAGACCUAAAAUUAGUAUAACACAAAGAACUAUAAUAGACGAAGGAAUAAAAAUUUCAGAUUUAUAUGUUCCUGACCCAAUUCCUAUCAAUCCUAAUUCUUUAAUAAAUGUUCAAAAAAUUUUAGAGCAUAUUGAAAUAAUUGCUGGAAUUAAAUCUGGAAAACGCAGAUAG